AUGGCAGCGACGCAUGCGCGGAAAACGGUCGCCGCUGUGACGUCACCAGACGCGUGGGGCCGGCGGAUGGAGUUCGCGGAGCGACAACUGAGGGAGCGCGGCUGGUCCCCGGGGAAGGGACUGGGUCAGAGGGAGGAUGGCAUCUCAGAGCCCAUCAAGGUGAAGGUGAAAUGUGACACGGCAGGGAUUGGCCACCAUAUGGGCGAACAGUUCACCUUUCACUGGUGGGACCAUGUCUUCAACAAAGCAGCUGCAAGCAUUGUCGUGGAACCUGUAGAGGAUGGCGUGGAGGUGCAGAGGGCCAAGGCAGAGGAGCAGGAGCAAGGGCCCAUCACCAACAAGAAGCCACGGAAAGCCGGACUAUGCCAGGACCUGCUAUACGGGCGGUUUGUCAAGGCAGCCACGCUGACGCCGGGCAGGCAGGAGGAGGCGGCAGAGGGCUCGCGGGGGUCGGAGAGCAGCGGCAGCGAUGAGGAUGAGAAGCUCAACCUGUCAUCCGAGCAGCAGCAGCACGGGGCAAGACAGAGAAAUUAA